AUGGCGUACAACCCUUGGGGGAGAGGUGGAGCUGGGGCUCCAAUUCAAGACCAGAAUGGAAACAUUGUUUGUGACCUGAACCAACUGCGCAAGAUCAAUAAUUGUUAUAUGUCCAGUCCAGGUGCUGAAACCAGGACGUCCUUUCCUCAUCAACUCCCAGCUUACAGACAUCGGCCUCUCCUGCAGCAGCAUCAGAUCCAGAACAGGUACAAAGAAGAUCUGGAGAAACAGAUAGAGGAAAAGAAAAGAAAAGAAGCAGAGGAACGAGAGCGAUUAAAGAUCGCAGAGGAGGAGGAAGAGAGGAAAGUUGCAGAGGCAAGAGCUCGUUUGUGUCAGGACUUUGAGGAAGAGAGAAGGAUACAGAAUGUAAAUACUGUUGUUUCCAGGAAGGAGCCUCCUCUGCAGCAACAGCAGACCAAGGACAGGUACAAAGAAGACCUGAAGCAGCAGGUAGGGGUGCAGGGAUGCACGAGCCCUGAUAAAACCACAUCAAAAUCACAUGCUUUCACACCCACAUUCUUUUAA